AGAAAACAAUAUGCUGGCAUUUUUAUACUUUGUGCAAAUGUUGAUAAAUUUCCCAAAAAUGAUGGUUAUCAGCUGGAAUAAUAUGAUUUCAUUUCAAAAAUUGCCAUCAUCUGCGCCUUUAAACUUCCGGGUGACUACCGUAUACCAGCAAAAUCCGGAGCUUUGGAUGACUCCUGCUGACGUCAUCAGGAGUACUGUAGCAGUAAAUGCGUCGGUUUGCCACUUGACAAUGUCAAAGUCAACGUGGCUGACGUGGAAAGUCGGAGAUCGGGUGGUGGAGACGAGGGAUUGCAAUCAAGUGAUAAGGCUUAGUAGUAGUGAGACUAUCAUUUCCGUCACCUUAUCAACACCUUUCAAAACUCAAAAGUUCCUAUCAGAAUUGAUAAGUCCUCCAGCCAAGCCGUAUUGGCUAGCAGCAAUCGGUGAUUCUUACUCCUCUGGUCAAGGAAAUCCGGACAUUCCAAUGACACAUGGCUCACCCGCUAAAUGGUUAGAUGAUUCGUGUUACAGAUCUUCCAAAGCAUUUCCAUACUUAGUUUCUCAAAAAAUCAAAAAUGUGACGUCAUCUCUUUCAUUUUUAUCAUGUUCUGGGAGUACGGUAGAUCAUGGAAUCUUGUCGAAAAAUGGACAAAUGGAGAGGUUGGAGCAGAUGAUUUUGGCUCGCGGAGCCCCGCCAGAUGUGCUUUUUCUGACUGUUGGGGGCAAUGAUAUCGGGUUUACGGAUGUGAUUUCAAUGAUUCAACGGGAUAAAUUGAAUGAGAAAUUUUUUGAUAUGAGAUUCUUUUUCGUAUCUCAUCAAAUCGAUCGGGUUGCAAGACGUCUUGAGGAGCUUAAUAUUACACGCGUAGUUAUUCUUGACUACUAUGACGUCACCAGAAAUGAGAAGGGAGUGGUGGACGGGUCUUGCGGCGCUUUUGGACAGGUCUCCCUACCAAAUCUCCAGCUCGCCGAGCGCAAAAUCUUCCAAAAACUCAAUAACCUACUGCGACGGAAAGCAAAGCAACAUGGCUGGGUUACCGUAGACACUACGGAAAUAUUCAGGACACGUGGCAUUUGUUCAAAGGAUUCGUUGAUACGGUCCCGUAACGAAAGUAUGCGUCUCCAGGGCAACGAGUACGGCAGCUUCCAUCCAAAUGAAGAUGCUCAUGUAAUAAUUGCAGAGAAAAUAUUGAAAUUGGAUAAUUUGGGUUUUUAAGAGUUUUUUUUUUUUUUUGGAAAAAAAUUUUGAAAAAAUUGAUCUCCUGUAAAUUUGAUCUCUGAAUUUUUAUUUUUAUUUUUAUUUUAAUCAAUAAACAAAAUUUAUUAAUAAAUAAAUAGUUU